UUAACGUUUGUUUCUCAAACGUGAAAAGUGAACUCAAUUGAGCCAAAUAUUUGUAUUAGUUUCAAUUUUGUGUUGUUUGAUGUUUGCUUGCCCAAUGUUUCUCGGGAACCAAACAGGGCAUAACCGUUGAUGAUAAUAAGGUUAUGCAUUCUCAAUCUCUGCUAACAGUUGAUUAGUUGAUUCAUGGAUCGUUGGAGUGGUGUUUUGAAGGUUCCACUGCACCCAAGCAGCAGGGUCCUCUACAGAGUUGCAGCAUCUCUCUGCCUUUCACCCACUUCCAAAACCCUAAUUGUGCCUUCUGCAAAUGCCAUCUUCUUCAAUGGAGAUCGUGUCCAAGGAACUGGGAAUUCAGUGAUUGAGAGGUUGUCAAAUAUAGAGCAGAUUGCUGAAAUUCUGGUUUCCAAAUUUGGUGGUUCUGUCAAUGCUUGGGUUGUAGAGGCUUCCACUUUUAAUGGCCCUUUUGCUGUUUAUAAGGAUUUUAUUCCAUCUGUGAAUCAAUGGGGAGAUCCAAAAUCAUACAGUCCAAGUGGAUUCCCGGCAUCCACGUCUACUGUUUCGCUCUUGUCAAAUUGCCUUGAAGAGGCAAAGAAAGCUAUUUCAGGAAGGCAGAAAGAACCAUGCCCACUCGGGCUAUCUGCAUCUUGUUCCUAUCAACCCAAAACAUUCAUCCUCGGAUUCAGCAAGGGUGGUACUGUACUUAAUCAGCUAGUUACUGAGCUUGGCUUCUCCAAAGUUGCAUCUAUUAGGAGUUCACCCCACAUAAAAGAAUCUGAUGUCCAGGAAGAGUAUCAAAUACUACCCACUUCAAAGGAAAGCCUCUUAAACAGCAUAGCUGAGAUCCAUUAUGUGGAUGUUGGCUUGAACUCUGCUGGAGCAUAUAUCACUGAUCAAGAUGUCAUCUGCAGAAUAUCAAAAUGGGUUGCAAAAGGCGGUGGAGGAAUUCGUUUUGUUGUCCAUGGAACUCCCAGGCAAUGGCAUGACAAGAGGCGAGUUUGGAUUCGAAAUGAAAAGGAUAAAUUGGUUCAUCUGCUUGAAUCAGAAGCUGAGCACAGUGAAGGGAAAUUACGGGUAUGUGAGAGAUUUUAUUUUGCUGAUAGGCCUUCUAAUCUACAAAUGCAUUUUGAAAUAAUAGAAAAUCUUGAUGUGAGUUGAAUGCUGCAACUUUGCCUUUAUAAAAAUGUGUAAUUUAGCUGUCUAAAACCCUUGUACAUUGGAUUCAUGGGGAUAUACAUAUUUCUUUUGUCUCUAUUGUUGACAAGAAGAGUUGGGUAAACCUUGUAUGGGGAUAUAAAUAUUUCUUUUGAUUUUGUUGA